AUGGAGUCCAAGAGAGUAUCGUCAUAUUCUUAUCUACGUAAUGGAGGAAGAAAUGGAUCGGGUGGUGGAGGAUCCAGCAUUGAGGUAGACCUUGAUUCGCAGUUGUUGAAAAUCUCCGCGGCCUUUGGGUCGGCACAAACCACGACGGACUUGCACAAGCUUAUCAAGACCAUCGACUCGACCACCGCUCAAAUCGACAAGACGUUGAGUCAGAAGACGGUGAUUGAACUGAGAAAAUUGCAGCAUGAAUUGUCAGGAAUUGAGCUCAGUCGAGCCAAGUUAUCCUCGACCACUGAGGUAUCGUCGCAGUUGUCAGAACUCUUCAGCUCUGCCAAUGAUUUGGGGCAUACCUUGACCAUAAAAAUAAAGAGCUUGGACCUGGAGAUAAACAAGGUCAAGGACACGUUAAAUUUCGUAACCAAUAUCCAAUUGUUGAAGAAUAAUAUCAACCAGGCGUUCUAUGCCUUGGAUCAUAGUGACUGGGAGACCGCUGCGAAGUGUAUCAACACCAUAAAGAGAGAAGUGCCCGAGGAAUUGAUUAACGGAGAGUAUGCUUCCGUAGUGAUUCCCUCCACAGAUGUCCCAGAACUUCCAACGGUGACAUUAUCGAACUGGAAGGUUCAAUUGGCCAGCACGUUCCAAGAAAAGUUCAACAAGGCUGCCAACGACAGAGACGUACCAGAGAUGACGAAAUACUUCCAACUUUUCCCGUUGAUUGACAAUGAAGAGGUAGGGCUUGCAUGCUACUCUAAAUUCAUAUGCCUGAUCAUUGGUGAUACCCUGAGACUGCUUAUUGGAUCAAUAAGCGGUAAACAACAGAUGCAAUCAACUACUGGAGUGUACUCGUCAAUAGCGCUGCAGUUGUUUGAAAGCAUUUCUAUGAUGUUGUCUCACCACGGGCCGUUGAUUAAGAAGUACUACGGUGCCACGUACGAGGGCGCUUUAAUAUUCGUCAUCAAUAAAAUCCAGGGAGAAAUCGACUCUCAAAUAGGUCUAGUAAGUGAUACCUUUUACGAUGUUAGAAGAAUUGAUAAAGUUAUCCAAGAUGUUGGAUUGUACAAGUUUCCACUCCUUAAUAGAAGGUUGCGAGAGGGAGUUGCCGAAGAUCAACAACAUCAGCAACAGCACAGCGAGUUUAAUGGAUACGAUGAUCAAGAACUGGAAAUUGUCUCUGUUGUCUCCGUCGGGGACUUGAUGGGAGAAUUGGCGUCAAUCCUCCACUUCUGGAGUUUAUAUUGUAAAUUUAUCACAACAAAAUAUAUCCAGCCACCACAAGGUGCUCCAACCGAGUUAAAGCUCCCACAAUUGAUCGAAUCUUCAAAUUUCACGUCCAAGAUACAGUCAAAACUAUUACCGUCAUUUGAAAUUCUUGCAACUUACUACUUCCGUAGAUCUAUAGAAAAGGCCAUUAGUAUUGAAGAAUUGCCUUCGUUGGAGCCUUACUUGAUUGCCAGCUCGACAUCAACUUCUCCUGACCAACCCCCUGUCUCGUCGGUGAUUGACGAUACUAUAUUCGUGUUGAACACGGCGCUUCGAGCAAUAGUUGACACUUCUCAACCUUCAGCGGUUAAGCAUUUUAUAACAGAGGCUUACAAGAUUAUUCACCAAGACUUGUUGAUCGGGUAUAUUGUUAAAAGUUUGAGAGAAAAUCAACCAAGAUACAACUCCAUGUUACAUUUAGUGCAAGCACCAUCUGCUUCUUCGUCUCUGCAUCAAAGUCCUGGUAACACAAGAAGUAGUACACCAGUUCCAGAUUCCAUAGGUGCCGGAAGCUUCUUCAAGGGUGCUACCACAGCCCUUGGUUCCGUUGUUAACUCAACAACAGCUGGAGCUAAAGAACAGAGCCCUAAGCUUAUCAAUUUCGUCCUAUUAUUAAACACUCUAGCAAUGGGGCAAGAGUAUUUCACCAAGAUCAUUGAUAACAUUGUUAGGAGCAACCCAGAAUUCUUAAUGCAAAACUUCCCAUUCAACAAUGAUCUGAGCAAGAUAGAAAAGAUCUUCACCAACGAAUUUUUAGAACCCUUCAUCUCUUCUACAAACAAGCUUAUUCAAGAGAAUCUUAUUGUUUUAUAUAAUCAAUCUAUAAGACAAAAUUUGACAAGAUUAGUGAACGAUUUCUUACCAGAAGUUUCGAAUUCGUAUUUGAUCUAUUCUUCCAGUUCUCUCAAUGACCCCACGAUAAUGAUUAAGAUUUCCUCGUCGUGGCAGGCAUUGAUUAGACCGUACAGACAGUCGUUCCAUAAGUCGUUACUUUUUAGCAAGUUGUUAAGGCUCUUGGUUAUCAACUUGGCUAAUUUAAUUGAAAAGAAGUUGAUGAAUGUCUUGGAGAAGUUCAAGGUGAAUGAAUUGGGUGCGUUGAAGUUGGAAAAGGACUUGUCCUUCUUCAUCAGCGAGGUGUGUGAGGAUAACUACGACUUAAGAGAAAAGUUUGUCAGAGUGACGCAGUUAGUUUUGUUGGUUGGUAUGGACGAUGAAGAGUACGACUUGAGCGUCCAGACUAUAGAUAAUGAAGGAAGCGAGGACGACGCACUUGGAAUAAAUUGGGUAUUGACUCCGUUGGAGAGGAAAAAGGCAAGACAGUUCAGAAUAUAG